AAACACCUAUCCACGCACUCACCGUCACCGCCCUGACAACGUUUCCGUCCAGCGUAGCUUGUCUCCUCCUCCUUUCUCCCUAAUCUUUUCCUGCCCUCUACACCACCACUGAUACCCUGCCCAACCCUUCUCAACGCCACCCCCAGACUACCCCGCGCGCUACUCCCGGCUUACUCCCUGCAACAAUGGCCAACGACGAAUAUGAUUUCCUCUUCAAAGUCGUUCUCAUCGGAGACUCUGGCGUUGGUAAAUCCAACCUUUUGAGUCGUUUCACGCGCAACGAGUUCAACCUGGACUCCAAGUCCACCAUCGGCGUCGAGUUCGCCACCCGUUCCAUCCAGGUCGAUGCCAAGACCAUCAAGGCCCAGAUCUGGGAUACCGCCGGUCAGGAGCGUUACCGCGCCAUCACCUCCGCAUACUACAGAGGCGCCGUUGGAGCACUGCUCGUCUACGACAUCAGCAAGCAUCAGACCUACGAGAACGUGACCAGGUGGUUGAAAGAGCUGCGGGACCAUGCCGACUCGAACAUUGUCAUCAUGCUGGUGGGUAACAAGAGCGAUCUGCGGCACUUGAGAGCGGUGCCCACGGAGGAAGCCAAGCAGUUUGCCAGUGAGAACAACCUGUCCUUCAUCGAGACGUCCGCCUUGGACGCCAGCAACGUCGAGCUUGCUUUCCAGAACAUCUUGACAGAGAUCUACCGCAUCGUCUCCCAGAAGGCCUUGGACCAGGGCGAGUCCACCCAAAACCCCAUCGGCGGCGAGCGCAGGACCCUCGAAAUCACGAACUCUGCAGACACCGAAGCCAAGCAAGGGAAAUGCUGCUAGAGGUCCUCCAACUUCUCACGUUCGCUUCAUACCCACACUUGCUGGAAUUUUGAUGAGGGGUCUGAAGGGGCCUGAAGGGGCGACCUGGCUUCAUGACGAGGCGAAUCUAGUUACGGUCUGGCGUCCGAUUGCCCACGGAGGAAGGCUGCUUGCUAUCUGCCGGUUCUGUCCUUUUUUGCUUUUCAUAAUUCAUGCCGGGCAGCAUGGGGGGUUUUCUUUGCUGUUGACGAUAAGCCUUAUGGUCGUAUGCUUGUUCACGAGAGAAUGACUACGACUUUAGAACGACUUUCGAACGCUGUAUUCCAUGAGUUCCUAGCCAGCAGUUGGACAGACGCCUUUCCACAAUCCUCUAAUUUACGUGAACUGUUCGAAGCUUCCAGCUCCAGUCUGACGAGGUAACAUGUUAAGCUGGCCAAUUGCAAACAACG